AUGGUUGCUGCUAAGAGAGACUAUACUACUGCUCUAGGUUACUUAAACGAGUUGAAAAACAAGGAUGGUUUAUCUGUCGAAGAAUUAAUGGAUUCCAAUACAAGAGGUGGUUUAACUUAUAACGAUUUCUUAAUUUUACCAGGUUACGUUGGUUUCCAAUCUUCUGAUGUUCUUUUAAAGACAAAAUUAACUAAGAAGAUUUCUCUUCACACUCCUUUUGUUUCUUCUCCUAUGGAUACUGUUACCGAAUCCGAAAUGGCUAUUUACAUGGCUUUAUUAGGUGGUAUUGGUACUAUUCAUCACAAUUGUUCUCCAGAAGAACAAGCCGCUAUGGUUAAGAAGGUUAAGACUUAUGAAAAUGGUUUCAUUAACUCUCCUGUUGUUGUUACUCCAACUACUACCAUCGGUGAAGUUAAGGAAAUGAAGGAACAUUUAGGUUUCUCCGGUUUCCCAGUUACAGAAAACGGUAAAUUUCCAGGUAAAUUGUUAGGUCUGGUCACCUCCCGUGAUGUUCAAUUCGUUGAAGACGACUCUUUACCAGUUUCUGAAGUCAUGACUAAGGAUCCACUUACCGCUAACCAAGGUUUAACUUUGCUAGAAGGUAAUGAAAUUCUAAAGAAGACUAAGAAGGGUAAACUUUUGAUCGUUGAUGGUGAAAAGAACUUGGUUUCCAUGAUCUCUAGAACUGAUUUAAUGAAGAACCAAAACUUCCCAUUGGCCUCUAAGUCAGCUACUACUAAACAAUUAUUAUGUGGUGCUGCCAUUGGUACUCUACCAGCUGACAAAAAGAGAUUAGCUCUUUUGGUUGAAGCUGGUCUUGAUGUCGUUACUAUUGACUCCUCUCAAGGUAACUCUAUGUUCCAAGUUGAUAUGCUAGAAUGGAUUAAAAAGACUUACCCAGACUUAGAAGUCAUUGCUGGUAAUGUCGUCACUAGAGAACAGGCUGCUAACUUAAUUGCUCAUGGUUGUGAUGGUCUAAGAAUCGGUAUGGGUUCUGGUUCCAUCUGUAUCACUCAAGAAGUUAUGGCCUGUGGUAGACCACAAGCUACUGCUGUCUACAAUGUCUGCAAGUUUGCCAAUGAAUUUGGUGUCCCAUGUAUGGCUGAUGGUGGUGUUCAAAACAUUGGUCACAUCAUUAAGGCUCUAUCUCUUGGUGCUUCCACCGUCAUGAUGGGUGGUAUGCUUGCUGGUACUACCGAAUCUCCAGGUGAAUAUUUCUACAGAGAUGGUAAGAGAUUAAAGGUUUACCGUGGUAUGGGUUCCAUCGAUGCCAUGCAAAAGACUGGUAAAGAUGGUAAUGCUUCCACUUCUCGUUAUUUCUCUGAAUCUGACAAGGUCUUAGUUGCUCAAGGUGUCUCUGGUGCCGUUGUUGACAAAGGUUCUAUUCAAAAGUUUGUUCCAUACUUAUACAAUGGUCUACAACACUCUUGUCAAGAUAUUGGUGUCUUAUCUUUAGAUGCUUUGAAGGAUUCCGUGAAUGAUGGUAAGGUUAGAUUCGAAUUCAGAACUGCCUCUGCUCAAUUGGAAGGUGGUAUCAACAACAUGCAUUCCUACGAAAAACGUCUACACAACUAA